AUGUAUGAAACCUUACAGCGCGUUCAGAGCGACGCGGAGCUGUCCGCGUCGCGAAUAGAAAAUAAUAAUGAUGCCAUUCUCGACCAACCGUCUACUGCACAAACUACAGAUGGGCCUCCAUCUCCGACAAAUGGGUCCCCGACGCCUCCAAAAAACCGCAAAUACGAUCCCAAACUUGCCAUGUUAAAGGAUGCAUUUGGUAUUUUAAAAUCAGCAUCGACCAAGUCAAAUCAAGACGACGAGAUUGGCACGUUUUGUAAAUUUUUAGAGAAUACAUUGAGAAUAUCGAUCAUCGCACGAAGAAUUUGGGGGUGUCUAAAAGAAGUAUAUUUUUUUUUCGAUAUAAUGACAUUUUUGGAAGACACAAAGGACUUUGAAUCCACACAUGAAAGUAUGGCUUCAACAUCGUCGCAGAGCUCCCAAAAUGUUGCUUCAACGUCAUCGCAAAACUCGCAAAGUAUUUACCUAUUACCAUGGCCCCAGACCUGCUAUUACCGGUGGUGGAAACUGGACCAUAUAACAUCUAUGUUGGGUGCAACAUGCACGGGGUUCACUGUGGAGUUUGGUGGUGACAGGGAAAAAGAAAUGAUGCCACCAGAUGCGGUUGUGGAACUCAUUGAUUUACAAUCUUUGCCGGAGCAUUCAGAGACUAUUAAUAGUGAUUUGGUGAUGGGAGGUGGUGUUAGUGCUGAGUGUGGUGGUGAUAGUGAGAAAAUUUUCACACCAAAAAGAUUUAUUUUUAAUAAUCCCUACAAACCCUUAAAGAAACGCCAAAAGCCCUCUGAAGAACUACAACGGGCUCAGAUAAGAAAGGAGUUAGCCAUGGCUGCUUAUAUUGAAGCCAAAACUGAAAAUACCGUUGGUAAUUUGAACACAGAGAGUAACAUUGCUGAACAAGAACAUUUGACAAAUGAUCAACAACCUUUAGGACCUUACUCGAGAGAAAAUAUAGUCGGAAGAAAAAAGAAAAAAAGGUCAGAUGAUGGCACAAGCGAACUGUUAACCACAUUAAACAAGUGUAUUGAAACUCGCAAAAAUAAGGAGGAUAUUUUGGAACAAGAUGAGAACAGAAUGUUCCUGAUGUCCCUAUUAUCAUCAUUUAGGGCAAUUCCGGAGCACAAAAAGUCAGCUGUGAAAAUUCAAUUAAUCAGUGUAAUCGAAUCAUUCCGAUCCUCUACUCAAAAUAAUAUAUAUCCAAACACAAUGUGGCGAAAUUUUAAUGAGUACGAGUAUGAGCGUGGUUACUUCAGACCGGAGGCCGGGCGUUCAACAGCACCAAGUCAACAAUCACGCCCUGAAGCACAACAUUAUUAUACGCUACCAACUUCAACUCCUUCAGAACGUGAACGCCCAGAGUCGCGAUUUUCUACUGUCACUUCAAAUACCUCGCAAGAUUCUGACAUUUUGGAUCUAUUUUGA